GAUCUGAUACGACUCAUGCCGGCCGUCGAUUAUCAAGGCCCCACCUUGCACACCCUGUUAUCUGUACUCCCCGGGUAUCUCGAUGAAUGGCUGACCUCCAAGGAGCCACCGCCAUCAGUCGUCGCCUCCGCCCGCUUCCGCCGCAGCUCGCUCCUUACGAUGUCCGACCCUAGCGGCCACUCCUCGCUCCCGAUCAUGGACCUCGACCUCGACGGCUCCCCGUGGCCGCCCUUCGAUCAGAGCUCCUUCGCUGCGAUCCCCCUGUCCCCCUUUCUGAUCUCCUCCUCGCCUUCUCUUCCCCCUCCGUUUCCGACGCCGCUCUCGCUAUCUAUCGGGCAGUCUUCUUCGUCUCUGUGGAUCGUGGAGGAAAGAGCUGCCGAAGUGUCGAGCGCUCUCGCCGGGGAUUCGGCAUUUUUCAACGAUGUUGCAGAUACAAUACCUGCAAAGGGCAAUGGAGCCAAGGGCAACGAAAGGCAGCUUCAACUUCCAGCAAAAGAGGAGCAUGUGGAGGCAUCGUGUGUGAUCAAAGAGAGGAUGACACAGGCACUACGGUGCUUUAAGGAGUCCACAGAUCAGCAUGUGCUAGUUCAGGUGUGGGCACCUGUAAAGAAUGGCGACCGAUGUGUUCUUACCACUUCAGGGCAGCCCUUCGUUCUUGAUCCUCAGACUACAAAGCUCCUUCAGUACAGGACAGUAUCUCUGAUGUACAUAUUUUCUGUAGAUGAGGGAGAGGAUGAUUCAUAUCUUGGUCUGCCUGGUCGCGUCUUUACCAAAAGAAUGCCAGAAUGGACACCAAAUGUGCAGUACUAUAGUAGCAAGGAGUAUCAGCGUCUUAACUACGCCCUUCUUUAUAACAUUCAGGGGACCUUGGCAUUGCCAGUUUUUGAACCAGAUGGUCAGUCCUGCAUUGCUGUGGUUGAGCUCGUCAUGACAUCACAAAAGAUCAACUAUGCCUAUGACGUUGAUAAAGUUUGCAAAGCGCUUGAGACUGUAAAUUUGAAAAGCUCUGAAAUCAUGGAUGUUGCAAAUGCUGUUAUUUCUAAUGACGGACGCCAAGCAGCUCUUGCUGAAAUUCUUGAAAUUCUAACUGUUGUCUGUGAAGCACAAAAGUUGCCUCUUGCUCAGGCUUGGGUUCCUUGUAGACAUAGGACUAUUCUGGCUCAGGGUGGUGGGGUUAAGAAAACUUGUUCAAGCUUUGAUGGAAGUUGCAUGGGACAAGUCUGCAUGUCAACUACAGAUGUUGCUUUUUAUAUUGUUGAUUCUCACCAGUGGGGCUUUAGAGAAGCCUGUGUAGAACAUCAUCUACAGAAGGGACAAGGGGUGGCUGGCAGGGCAUUUGCACUGCGCAGGCCAUGCUUCUGUGGAGAUGUUACCAAGUAUUGUAAAAGUGAGUAUCCUCUUGUGCACUAUGCUAGAAUGUUUGGGUUAGCUGGAUGUCUCGCCAUUUGCUUACGAAGCAUCUACUCGGGAGAUGAUGAUUACAUAUUGGAAUUCUUUCUCCCAGCUGAAUGUAAAAGCUCUGCUGAGCAACAAAAUAUGUUGAAGUCCAUUUCAGCUUUGUUAAAACAGUGUUUCCAGAAUUUGAAAAUCAUAACUGAUAUGGAGUUUCGAGAAGCAAUAUCUCUUGAACUUGGCGAUCUUGUUACAGAUGACAACUAUGAACUGCAACACGGAUGCCUAUCCAGUCAACACCACGAUACUGGUCUUUAUGUUUUGUCUGAAAAUAAUAUCUGGGAGACUGGAGAAAAUGACAAAUUGUCAAAUGACAAAAACGAAUCUCCAGAUUUGUACGAACCAUCUCCGACUACAGAUCCUAAUGUCAAAACUGAUGGCGACAUUAUUUCAGAUUCAACAUUGUCGGCCAAGAAAGCUAUCAAAACACCUGGGAAGCGAAGAGGUAAGGCAGAAAAGAUGAUCGGUUUAGAGGUUUUGCAACAAUACUUCUCAGGAAGUCUCAAAGAUGCUGCACGGAGCCUUGGCGUUUGCCCAACAACUAUGAAGCGUAUUUGUAGGCAUUAUGGAAUUUCCAGAUGGCCAUCUAGGAAAAUCAAUAAAGUCAAUCGUUCUCUUUCAAAGCUUAAGCAUGUCAUUGAGUCAGUUCAAGGGGCAGGGGCAUUGGAUUUGACUUCUCUAGCAGGCCCACUACCUGCGACUAUUGAUUCUAUUCCAUGGCCUGUUAAUACAGAAAGCUUGAAGGACAUAAACGAAGGUAUGAAGGGAAGAGAGUUUUCACCAGAGAAGCCUUAUGAUAGAGAUGAUUUGCAGAAAAAAUUUGUUCCUCUUCAGAUAAAUGUUGAUGAUGCUGGUCCACAUCAAAGACCUGCCAAGGACUAUCGCUGUUUAAAAUCAGGAAGCUCUUCGGAUGACAGCAUUGAUGCCCCUACUUCUCAAGGUUCAUGCCAGGGCAGUCCAGCCAAUGAGAUCUUUACAAGUAAUCAACCAGAUCUUGAUGCAAAUCAAGCAUUGGAUGUUGACCCUUCCUCAAAAUUCAUAUUAGAAAACACUUGCAACCAGAAUUUGUUUAACCAGAAUUCUCUUCCUAGUCCUAUUAUUAUAGAACCUCAAGAACCAGUUGAAAUGCUAAUCAAAGAUUCAGGGAGCUCAAAAGAUUUGAAAAAUCUUUGCUCUUUUAGAGGAGAAGCUUCUCAGGAUGGAUGUGCUAUGGUUCUGAAUGAUACUGCAUCAAAAAACUUGGCACUGCAAGAAAAUAACACGCUCACCAUCAAGGCAAGUUACAAAGACGACAUAAUCAGAUUCCGUUUGCCGAUUGAUGCUGGUGUUGUUGCUCUAAAAGAUGAAAUUUCUAAGAGGUUCAAACUGGAAGUGGGUAUAUUUGAUAUAAAGUAUCUUGAUGAUGAUCAUGAGUGGGUCAUGUUGGCUUGUGACUCUGAUUUGGAGGAGUGCAUGGAUAUCUCUAGGUCAUCUGGAGCUUCUAUAAUCAGAUUAUCUGUUCAUGAUGUGAUUACAAACCUCGGAAGCUCCUGUGAAAGUUCGGAGUUUGACCAUCACAUUGUUGCCACAAGGCAUUUCAAUACAGGUUAAGUGUAUGUUGAAGGUUUGCUAGUUUGUUGUGAAAAUCAUCUCAAUGUUGCUGUUUUUUAGAAUCUUAGGUAAGUGAAUUAGACGUUGACAAGAGUUACCUUAGUGGCUCCUAGUUUAUUAGGCAUAAGUACACAGUAGAAAGUGGAAAAUUAUGGAUUGAAGUAAGAAGACUUGUCGUGACUAGAGUGAGGCUUGUCGGGCAGCUUGAGCUUUCAUCAUAUGAACUCACAUAUCUUUAUCCUUUCCUUUUCUGUAUUUUUUCCUUUUUUUUUGUGUGUGUUUUUGUCUUGGUGAUCUCAAUGUGAGUGUUCAAUGGGGCUGAGAAAAUCUAAACAUGAAAAUGCCACGGUGAUCUCAAUGUGAGUGUUCAACCGGGCUGAGAAAAUGUAAACAUGAAAAUGCCAUGGUGUUAAAAUGGCAUUCACAGCAACCUUUGAAGAACAAGAUGCGAAGGCAAACUACCAUCUGGUUCCUCAUUGAAGAGAUUCUCUUGUUCCAUCAAGAAGAGGUGAAUGUUGAAGACAUCCAUAUAAAGAACCACCAACCAUCUAGACAAGUAUGCAGGGUUUGGUGGCUCAGAUGCAUCCAGAGCAAGCUCAGCAUCACCUACGAAAACAAGUAGAAAGCUAUCACUUGAGGAAGCAAUGAAGUGAGAAUGUUUACACCGAAAGAAAGUCUGUAAAACCUGAAGAUGUGUGAAAGAGAAAGAUCAACAAAAUGACUGUAAGAACAGAUCGUCUAAUUCUUGCCAUAGCAGUCGUGAGCUCUGCUGCUGCUCUUCUUAGCAGGAGGCUGUGAUGGUGCUUUGAAAGGCCGAGGGUAUCCUAUUUAUCGUAGAGCAAAGCCUUAAAGUACAGUACUGUCCACCGUUCACCAGCACUUUGGAGAACGGUGAUGAAAUCCAUAUCAGCCCACCACCAGCAAGUCAACUGCACUACCUCCAAUACUCUGACCUCUCUGUUCUCCACCAAAAAAAUGUGGUGUGACAAAAGCUGCUUUAAAGUUCUCCUUCACCCCUCCGCCGCCGCCGCCUGCUUCUCCUCCAUCUUCAGCUUCAGCGAUCGUUUCCUGGGGCGCCACGGCCGUCCCCCGUUGGUCACCCUCCUUACGCGUAAGCGUUUGGAUCUCCUGUUGUGCCGAUGUAUUUCUCUCCGUGAGAGGGAGCUAACUUCUUCGUCGCUGGUUGCACUGCCCUCGACGACGACUUCUUUAUAUCUUCAGGUUUGAAGAUUUGGAGGACCAACUAUUCUGCGAGCACAAAUGGAUUGGUCGAACUGCUCUUCUACUUGAGGGUGCCGAAAUCUCAUGGCCAGUUCGCUCUUCCACGUCGGAGAAAUCGGCUGUAGGGACUGGAUCUCAUACGUGAUCUCCCAUCAGAUACGCCGUCGCCGAAUUGAUUGAUAGCGACAACGCUGGAGGUUCCCGGCCACGUCAUGCUCGGAUGCCUCCUCAUUUUCCACGACCACCUCCGGAGCGAUGACGCCGGCAACUACGAACGAGCCAGAAACAGGGUGCGUCAAGUUCCUGAACCAGUUUGCAGAGCACGGCAAUAGAUGACUCGUGCGCGAGCUGAGCCAGCUCCGGUGAGCACAUCUCAAUGCCACUGCCGUACACGAAGACUACUACCACGCAAUGGCUGCCAUCUACUUGAACCCGCAGCGCUACGGGAAGGUGUGCUCCAGUGAGCACAUCUCAGCGCCUGUUUGAUUGAUUAAUUCCACCGAGCUGAUGAUGUUUUUGCUGGUUGGUUCAAUGGUUCAUCAUUAGGAUUUUGGAUCAAUCCACCUGUGUCGUGAUUCGUCAGCAGAGUACAGCACAACUACAACGCGUCGGCGAUGAGGCGGCGGCGGCGGCGGUGAAGGUGUGCAGCUAUCCGGCGAAGUAUAUGAGCACGGAUGGGAUUCACUUCACCGAGGCUGGUUAUCGGGCCGUGACCCAUUUAUUGGGCCGAUGGGCAGAGCCUUUGCAAAUAUUGUAAAAUAUAUAUAUGUAAAAUAAAUUUUAUAAAUAGUUCAUUUAUACACGUGAGAAAUUAGCUUGAUUA